CUCAGGUGUUGAGUUUCAGGAAGUGUAGGCUUGGACUAUGUAGGUGUUUUGAAUUGAAUCCGAAAAGUAGACUGUCAAGAAUUGCCACUUUCUCUCGCGAUCCUAUAGCUCAUCUAUCCGGUAUUUUAAAUCAGUUGGAUCUUUAAUUGGAAUUAAAAGCAUUACCCUCAAAAUGAGUAAAAUUUCAAAAAUGUUUAAAGUCAGCUCAUCCAGCUCCAGGCCUGGUUCUGGUUCUAGUUCUAGUUCUAGUUCUGGAUCCAGUUCUAGAUCUAAGCAUCGGUCCCGGUCUACUCCAUCACCUCAAGAGGCCAUCAACAGACUAAGAGAGACAGAAGCCAUGCUAACCAAAAAACAGGAAUACCUGGAGAGCAGAAUCGAGCAGGAGAUCAUGACUGCCAAGAAGUAUGGUACCAAAAACAAGAAAGCUGCAUUACAGGCUCUGAAGAAAAAGAAACGUUUCGAGCAGCAGCUGGCACAGAUUGAUGGGACCCUGUCCACUAUUGAAUUCCAGCGAGAGGCGCUCGAGAAUGCCACCACAAACACAGAAGUCCUAAAGAACAUGAGUUAUGCAGCUAAAGCCAUCAAAGGGGUUCACCAGAACAUAGAUCUGGAUAAGAUUGACUCCCUUAUGCAGGACAUUACAGAGCAACAGGAAGUAGCUCAAGAGAUCAGUGACGCCAUCUCAAAACCUUUUGGGGAUCAGUUUGAUGAGGAUGAAUUGUUGGCAGAGCUGGCAGAGUUAGAACAGGAAGAACUAGAAGAAAGUAUGAAGAAUAUGGGCAGGUUACCAAGUGUACCGACCACCAAACUACCCAGCGCAAGAUCAAGCCAUCGUGCAACCUCAAAGAAAAGAGUGGACGAUGAUCAUGACAUGAAGAGGCUGGCUGCCUGGGCUUCAUAAGCAGCAAUGCAUAUACAAUCAAUCUUAUUUUUGCUUUCUUUCUUUCUUUCUUUUUAAACUUGCACUGUUUCUCUACAUCUAAGCAUUUGUGUCAAAUUAUAAGAGGCCUUUUUAGUAGAGAAAUUAAGAUGAACAUAAUUAUUCAAAGUAAUAAUUUUAUGUAUUGAUGUUUAAGAUGAAGGAUUACUGCUGGCAACUUGUUGUACAUAGUAAUGUUUUAUUAGUGAAGGAUGUUUUAAUUAAAUGUAAAUAUAGUUUAAAGUGUCAUUUAAAUGUAAAUGUUGAAUCAGGAUUUGGGUAAAAAAAUAAUAAAUGUUACUUAUUGGA